GCGACUUGAGUUUCAUUGGCAUUUAGUGUGCACAUUGUGUACAUCGCUUGAUAUCGCGAGAGGAUAAUGGCUCUCAUGUUUGCACUUCUGUUAUCGCGAGAGUGGGGAAGAGUGACUUGCGUGAAAUUAUCCGGUGUCGGCGUCUGAGGCAAACCAGCUACAAUGGGGAACAUUUUUGGCAACCUUUUGAAGAGCCUCAUUGGGAAAAAGGAGAUGCGGAUUUUGAUGGUCGGACUGGAUGCAGCUGGAAAGACCACAAUCCUGUACAAACUGAAGCUGGGAGAGAUAGUGACGACCAUUCCUACCAUUGGUUUUAAUGUGGAGACUGUUGAGUACAAAAAUAUUAGUUUUACAGUGUGGGAUGUUGGCGGUCAGGACAAAAUCCGACCUCUGUGGCGUCACUACUUUCAGAACACGCAAGGUCUGAUCUUCGUGGUUGACAGCAAUGACCGUGAGCGAGUGAAUGAAGCCAGAGAAGAGCUGAUGAGGAUGCUGGCAGAGGAUGAACUGAGAGAUGCUGUACUCCUCAUCUUUGCCAACAAGCAGGACCUGCCAAAUGCCAUGAAUGCUGCAGAAAUCACAGAUAAGCUGGGUCUCCACUCCCUGCGCCACCGAAACUGGUAUAUCCAGGCAACGUGUGCCACCAGUGGAGAUGGUCUGUAUGAGGGCCUGGACUGGCUGGCUAACCAGCUCAAGAACAAGAAAUGAAGCAGACUGAAUCCAAGUUAAACUGAUGGGAGAAGAGUCACCUGAGUGGGAGCUCAUCAGGGAGCACCAGUUUCUUUUAUUCAGUUUACAAGUUGAGACCAAUGGGAGCCCAGUCAUCUCAGACAAUUGAACAAUCCUUCAGUGUAUUCCCUCGCUAUGCCCCAGUAAGCCUUUCUCUCUCUAUGCCAUGACUGAUUCGUGUGAUGAUGGGGUUGCAACCAUGAUUUUCUUCUUUACUAGUAAGAGUAGAGAUGGUUUUCUAUUUUCUUGUAGUCAAAUGGAUUUAGAAAUCACAAAUUAAAGAGGAUAUUCUAUUGCUUUUGCAUACAUAUAAUAGGGAGUGAAUUAAAAGCUUUUACUUAUAUUACUACUGUGGAAUAUGGUAGUAACUCUUAAAUGCAGGUCAUUUAAAAUAUAACAGCCUGAAAAAAGAUUUUUAAAAGGUUUGUUGGUUUUGCUAGUGUUAUUUGCUACUAAUAAGUAUCGAAUUGCAUUGUUAUUUAUUAGCAUAUCAGCCAGACUUGGGUUGGCCAUGUUACGUUGUGGUAAUAAGGCUUUUUAUGCAUGUAUGUAAACACACAUAACUCUGCACAGGUUGCAAAGUAAAUUUUGAUUUGUUCUGUUUGUACAUAGAUAAAGGAACUGUUCUUGUAAUCCUCGUCUUAGCAUGCAUAUUUUAAAAUAGCACAUUAAUCCAUGUACAUAAACCAUUUGGAUUGAGCAGACGCUGUGUUGGUUCAGUUUAGUGAUGCAUUUGUUAUAUGCUGCUCAUGCACGCUGUCCUUGUUGUUGAUACUAUAAACAUGCUUGUGUUGAAUUAGCAUUUUUUGCAUUGUUUUUGAGGUAUUUGUUUUUUGUUAUUGAUGCAUGGGAAUAUUCAAAGAGAACAAGAGUACAUUUCACGACCUUUGUUUGGUGAAGCCAAAUGUAAUACCUUGUGCUCUAUAUAUUAAAAUUCAUACACUUCUGCGUAUUAAUACCACUGAUUAUCUCUUGGACUUCACAGUGGACUCCACGAUUGUUUAUGGUUUUGUGUGUGUGCUAAUGAAUGACUAAGUGUGUUUAUAUUAUAUAUUACACACUUAAUAAAGUAUGCAUUUUAAAUAA